AUGGCUUACACAUUUGAGCAAAUGAUGCAUGGUCCACAGGGACACCGUUUGAGAAAGCUGGUCCAUGUACUAGCUCAAGACAGUCAUAAUCCGUUUAUCAUUGUGGCUUUGAUGAUUUUGAAAUGGGAAUUCAUGACCGCCACCGAAGACGAUUGGGGACUCAAUGAAAGUCGAGGGGCAGCCUGUGAAUUCGUUGCCUGGCAGUUCCUGUGCCAUCUAGAUCAACGCGAGACGAUCGAAUUUCUGUUGGAGGAACUACCCUCGCCGCGACGCCAUUCUACCAACUUAUCCGAGACUGAAACAGGCCUCUCGGGCUUGGUCUCACCACAGUCCGGCAUCCAGCAGAUUGGGAGCGAGACUGCUCCCCUUUUACCGCAAGUUUCUACUUUCAAUCGUCUUUUCGGCAGCACGACAGAUACCCAAGCCUCUAGCCUCUCCCAGAACCGAACUCGACAGGAGGAUCUCCACGCUGCACAGAGAUACUCCCAGUUCUUUGGACUUAAUGCUGUGGAGAUUGCAACGAUAGCUCACGCAAAAAGGUUCUUAAGCCAACGGGUCGUCCAAAGAGUGGUUGAUGAUAUUUGGAAAGGCGAGAUUGUCUUCUGGGAUUCCUUGACAGUCAAUUCGACUAAGAAGCCCCAUAUCUACAACACCAGGACGGCAGAUCCGUACUCACGAUUGAGGGUACCCUUCUACCGCAAGAUCUUUGAGGCAGUAUUCUUCGUCUCAUUCCUAGCCCUUUACUACGCCGUGCUCAUAGAGAGAAGGCAAGACGCCAUCGGGGUGUUUGAGACGGUUAUGUAUGUCUGGAUUGUCGCCUUUGCAUACGACGAGCUAAGUGGAAUCGUUGAUGCCGGGGUUGUGUUCUACCAGAUGGAUUUCUGGAGUCUCUGGAACCUUGGUAUUAUUGGAGUCGGGAUUGCAUUCGUCAUAACCAGUGAGUCAUGUCAAGAUCUGCCUUGGCUCUUUGCCCUCAGUGCGCCCAGUCAACGCGGCGACUAA